AUGAUAGUAACACGGUCAGAAGGUGAAGUUUAUGCAGUUGUCACUGAUUUUAUUGUAGCGUAUCUUCGAGGAGGUUAUCCAGCUGUAAGAAGAUGGAUAAAAAAAGAUAUUCACACAAUAAAAUUACUUUUUGUGCCCAUGAAUGUAUAUGGGAGUCAUUGGAUAUUGACAGUGGUUAAUAUACCUGAAAAGACUGUGACAUCAUAUGAUAGUCUUAAGUCGUAUAAGGGUCCUUAUCCAAUGGUAUUAAAAAAUUUCUUAAUUGAAUGGGAGAUGGACAAAAAAGGAAAAGCUUCUACAUGGACAUUACAAAUAGGCGAGACAUCUCGCCAAACCAAUGGACAUGAUUGUGGGCCAUUUACUGUUGAGCUGGCAGAAAAAAUAUCUCGAGGAGAUACAACACCAAUAAAUGGAUAA